GCGCGGCGUGGGACCGUUCCUUAGUCUGCGAGUUGUCGGCAGGCGUGCGGGACCUGGCGGAGUUGUGAGGUGGUCGGCGAAGUUAGAGUGACUAGAAGGCACAUAAAAAUGUCCGUUGUCGGCAUUGACUUCGGGAAUGAGUCGUGCUGUAUUGCCGUCGCAAGAGCAGGUGGUAUAGAAACCAUCGCCAAUGAAGCCAGCCAGCGUCAAACGUCGACAUGUGUGGGAUUUGGCCCAAAGAACCGCCUCCUCGGCGCGUCCGCCAAGAACAUGCAAGUGACGAAUGUCAAGAACACGGUGGUAGAUUUCAAGCGACUAAUGGGUCGAAAAUUUCGCGACCCACACGUGGGUCGGGUUAUUUCACAAUUGCCAAACACCUUCCUGGAGAACGAGGAUGGCAGCAUUGGCGUCAAAGUGCAGUACAUGAACGAGGACUGUAUAUUCAAACCAGAACAGCUCACCGCCAUGCUGUUCACCAAGCUGAAAGAGACUGCCGAAGCCGCCCUGAAAAUCAAAGUUGUCGACGUGGUAAUCUCGGUGCCGUCCUUCUUCACGGACGCGGAGCGGCGCGCCGUGCUGGACUCGGCGCAGAUGGCCGGCCUCAACGUGCUGCGGCUGAUGAACGAGACGACGGCCACGGCGCUCGCCUACGGCAUCUACAAGCAGGACUUGCCGGCGCCCGAUGAGCAACCCCGUAACGUCGUGUUCGUCGACUGCGGACAGUCGGCGGUGCAGGCGGCUAUCUGCGCCUUCAACAAGGGCAAGCUCAAGGUGCUGGCCACGGCUUCGGACGCGUCGGUGGGCGGCGGCGAACUGGACCGGCUGCUGGUUGACCACUUCGUCGCCGAGUUCCGCACCAAGUACCGCAUCGACGCCGACAAGAACCCCCGUGCGCGCAUCCGGCUGGCCACCGAAUGCGCCAAGCUGAAGAAGCUGAUGUCGGCCAACUCGCGCCGGAUGCCGCUCAACAUCGAGUGCUUCAUGGAGGACAAGGACGUGUCGAGCGCCAUGGACCGUGCAACGUUCGAGGAGAUGGCCACGCCGCUGCUCGAGGCCGUGCGCGCCGUGCUGCGCCGCUGCCUGGAGACGUCCGGCCUGGCCACCAGCGACAUCUACGCCGUCGAGAUCGUCGGCGGCGGCAGUCGCGUGCCGGCCAUCAAGCAGCUGAUCGAGACCGUGUACGGCCAGAGCCCGAGCACGACGCUGAACCAGGACGAGGCGGUGGCGCGAGGCUGCGCGCUCCAGUGCGCCAUGCUCUCGCCCACGUUCAAGGUGCGCGAGUUCGCUGUGACGGACCUGCAGCCGUUCGCCAUCCGCCUGCUCUGGGAGACCGGUGACAUGGAGAUCUUCCCGAAAAACCACGAGGUGCCGUUUUCGAAGAUGUUGACGUUUCACCAAGUUGAGCCAUUCACAAUUACCUGCAAGUACAGCGGGGAUAUUCCAUACCCAGACCCCUUCAUAGGAUCCUUCACCAUCGCGAACGUGAGUCCAGCGGCUGACGGCGAGCCCCAGAAAGUCAAGGUCAAGGUGCGCAUCAACAUCCACGGCGUGUUCACGGUGGCGUCGGCAACGCUGCUGGAGCGGCAGGAGGACGCGGGCUCAGCGCCGACGGGUGGCGCGGCCAUGGAGACGGAGCCGGCCGGCGGCGACGAGGCGCCCCCGGCUGACGGCGACUCGCCGCCGCCGGCCGACAAGCAGCCGGCCGACGCCAACAUGGACACGGACACCGCCAAACCGGACGGCAAGGCGGACGCCGCUGACGCCAAGGACGCCAGCAACCAGGGCGACGUCAAGGACAAGAAGGUGAAGGUGAAGAAGACGGAGCUGCCGGUGGAGACGGUGGUGACAGGCCUGACGCAGCGGGAGGUCAGCGAGCUGAUGGAGAAGGAGGGUCAGAUGUGUGCCUGGGACAAGCUGGAGAAGGACCGUCAGGACUCGAAGAACGCAGUGGAAGAGUACGUGUACGACCUGCGCAGCCGGCUGCUGGAGGAUCUCUCGGCCUUCGAGCGCGACGAGGUCAAGCAGCCGAUCAACGCCACGCUGGACGCCACCGAGAAUUGGCUGUACGAGGACGGAGAGGAGUGCCAGAAGCACGUCUACGUCGAGAAGCUGACCGAACUCAAGAAACUCGGCGAGCCGAUCAAGAACCGGUUGCGCGAGUUCACGGAGCGUCCGGCGGCACUGGAGGGCCUCAGCUCUGCACUCCAGCUCUGCGACAAGGCCGUGCUGGCGCACCGGGCCGGCGAGGAACGCUACGCCCACCUGGAGGCGACCGACAUGGAAAAGGUGGAGAGGAGCCUGGCCGAGAAACGGGAGUGGCUAGACAAGAACCUGGGCACGCUGGCCAACCUGCCGCGCACCGAGGACCCGCCCACUACCGCUCAGCAGAUCUGGAGCGAGAAGCUGGCGUUCGAGAAUUCCGUGAACCCGAUCCUGAACAAGCCGAAGCCGAAGCCGCCCAAGGUGGAGGAGCCGCCGCCGGCGGACAAGACGGAGGAGAAGGCGGAGAAGCCGAACGCCGCGGCGCCGCAGGACAAUACGAUGGACGUGGAUUAACGCGGAGCUGAGCGGUCGCGCACGCCACGCCCCGAAACUUAGACACUUCUAAUGGGGGGCGCCAGGGAGACGGCAGAGUGGGUGGGGUACCGCGCCGAACAGGCCUCUGCAUGUGCUAACAGCGCUAUUUAUUGUGUCUGCGGAUCGGUGGAGGUCGGGCCGGUCGGGCGUCGUUCCGCCGGGGUCGAGCGUGCGGCCCCGCCCGGGCCGCCACGUGCUUCGGCCUACCGCGGCUGCCCGGCGCCUCAGCCAUCGGGACUGAUGCCGGGCAGCUCGCCUUUCGGCGUUAGCCCGUAUGCUGUCGAAAGCCGACUUGGAUUACGUUUCCUAACUUCACAUAACUGAGCGUUCUGCCGCGCAGGCCUGGUGCCACAUCUGUGUUAUUGGCGUAUUAUGUUGCGCUGACUUAUUAGUGUAGUAGGGCGGAGCCUUAGGCCUAGAUUUGCCUUUGGCCGCUGAAAAUUCGAGUCAUCCUGUUACGUUUUGUAGCCGGGCAACCACCACCAUAUCUCUUGGACCUCUUGUAACAUUGCAUUCGAAUAUACGUAAAACGAAAAC